AUGCCUCCUCCGACCUACAUCAUCUCGAGGGUGGCAGACCCCAUAUUUGCCGUCUUCAUCGGCGUCUCUGCCGCAGCCACCCGGAUCAGCCGCGAGGAGAAGGUGAAGGGGAAGACAUCGACAGACACGAUGGAGGCUUUGCGAAGACGCGUUGGGAAUCUAUUCGGAGGCGCAAAGUGA